GGGGCCGUGGAGUCCAUCGCCAUGAAGAACCCCAAGGAGCGCACGGCGCUGUUUGAGGAGAUCAGCCGCUCGGGGGAACUGGCCCCCGAGUACGACAAGCGCAAGAAGGAGAUGGUGAAGGCCGAGGAGGACACGCAGUUCAAUUAUCACCGCAAGAAGAACAUCGCGGCCGAGCGCAAGGAGGCCAAGCAGGAGAAGGAGGAGGGGGCAGUGGAGUCCAUGGCCAGGAAGAACCCCAAGGAGAGCACGGACCUGUUUGAGGAGAUCAGCUGUGUGUUGCAGGGGGCCGUGGAGUCCAUCGCCAUGAAGAACCCCAAGGAGCGCACGGCGCUGUUCGAGGAGAUCAGCCGCUCGGGGGAACUGGCCCCCGAGUACGACAAGCGCAAGAAGGAGAUGGUGAAGGCCGAGGAGGACACGCAGUUCAAUUAUCACCGCAAGAAGAACAUCGCGGCCGAGCGCAAGGAGGCCAAGCAGGAGAAGGAGGAGGCCGACCGCUACCAGCGCCUCAAGGACGAGGUGGUUCGGGCCCAGGUGCAGCUGCAGCUUUUCAAACUCUUCCACAACGAGGCCGAGAUCGAGAAGCUCAACAAGGAGCUGGGGCUGAAGAACCGCGAGAUCGACAAGGACAAGAAGAGGAUGGACAGGGUGGAGGACGAGCUCAAGGACCGCAAGAAGGAGCUGGGCAAGAUGAUGAGGGAGCAGCAGCAGAUCGAGAAGGAGAUCAAGUGAGCCUGGGGUCCUGGUCCUGGGCUUGGGGGUCC